GUUGUCGACUUUAGUUGCAACAAUAUGACUUUGGCGCCUCGCGGUAUAGAGCUUGCUAAAGGACUUCUUGUGGUUAACCUAAGUGAAAACAAACUGACAUCUAUACACCCUGAUCUCUUUGUAAAUUGCACCGAUCUGAUGCUUCUUGAUCUUAGUUACAAUCUUCUGGAGACGUUACCAGCUCAGUUACGCCGUUGUGUCUCACUCCAGCAACUUUUGCUCAGCUAUAAUCCUCUCCGACAUGCCCAACUGCGUGCAGUGGCUGCUCUUAAGCAAUUAGAGAUCCACUUUUAA